AUGAGGUCCAUUAAGUGUGUUGUAGUAGGCGACGGAGCAGUCGGUAAGACUUCUUUACUCAUAUCAUAUACUACAAAUACUUUCCCGCGAGAAUAUAUCCCGACUGUAUUCGAUAAUUAUUCAACUACUAUCCGACUACCUGGUGCACAGAAGGAUGAAGAGCCACAAUUGUAUAAACUGAAUUUGUGGGAUACCGCAGGUCAAGAAGAAUAUGAUCGGUUAAGACCUCUUUCAUAUCCGCAAACGGAUAUCUUUCUAGUAUGUUUCUCGAUUAGUGAACCUUGUAGUUUGAAAAAUGUUGUGGAUAAAUGGUACCCUGAGAUCGUUCAAAACUCUUCCACCGAAAGCUCAGAGUUUCAUCAGAAACUGGGGAGGUAUCCAAUCUUUUUGGUCGGUACUAAAGCCGAUCUAAGGGAUGAUGCAGAACAGUCUAGGCGGGUGCAAGAGGUAAAUGCUCAAUUUGUGACACCUGAGCAAGUGGAAGAAGUGGUCAAACAGUGCGGGUUCAUGGGCUACGUUGAAUGUUCUGCCGCUACUCAAACUGGUGUCAGAGAUGUGUUUGAAAAAUCGGUUUCUUCCAUAGUGGGCGAGCUGGAAAAGGCUUCGCAGGUGCAAAAGGAUGCAUCCGCAGUUCCAGUUGCUUCGCGUGGGAAUAAAUCUACAGCUGAGACUACUCAGCAACAAGAUCAUACUGAAAACAGGCGUGAUAAGAAUAAUUCCGCUAAUAAGCCUGUUCAUAGGGCCAAUACGGCGCGUAAUGAUAAAAAUAGUACGAAGUUCGUCAACAAGAUGAAGAAAAAAUCUAAAUGUGUCAUAUUAUAA